AUGCAUGUACUUCUGCUUGAAAAUUCAGAAGAACAUAAUAAUUUUGAUUAUUUUAUUCUGACUCAAAUGUGGCCACCGACCUUCUGCUACAGUUGGAGACUUUUGUCUUCCAAAAAUACGUGCAGGCUACCGAGAAAAAAAAUUUGGACCAUUCACGGAUUCUGGCCGGCAAUUACUCAAACAAGCGGACCGAAUUACUGCUCGGAAAAAUGGAAGCUCAAUCUCGACUUGCUUGAAGAAAUUCAACAGGAAUUGGACACCAAGUGGAUUGAUGUCAAGAACAACACCGACCCUCAUAGUUUUUUGAAAUAUGAGUGGGCCAAACACGGAACUUGUGCGGUUUCUCAUCCGAAAUUAAACAACGAGUUAAAGUACUUUAAAAAUACUUUGGAAAUGUUCAACAGCUUCGACGCCACUAAAAUACUGACCAAAGCGGGAUUUCACGCCGGGGGAAAAUAUUUUGUCCAAGAUCUUAUUAAGAGUAUUGAAAGUUUCACCGGAAAAAAUUGCAGGAUCGACUGUAUUUUUGAUGUAAGUCUUUAAUUAUUUAAUUUUGAAAUUGUUUUUACAGAUUUUUAAAUUGCAGAGGCAACGAAAGGAAUAUUAUUUGUAUCAGGUUAAAAUUUGCUUCGACAAAUCAUUCAAACCCAUUGAUUGCAACAAAAGUAAUAAAAGUUACAGCAACUGUUGGUUAAAAAAAAAAGUAUUUUAUUUAGAGAGUGUACCGAAUAAUCGAAGAGAUCUGUAAUUUAAAAUUAAUUAUACAAAAAUAUAAUAAAAAGUUUAGAGCAUGAAAACAAUUUAAAAGUUGGUAUUAAAUUUAAAGCGAGCGAUGAAUUAUAAAAAUAAGGACGGAGACGUUAGAAUGUUUGGACUCGGAAAAAUGCCCAGCUGGAAAAUACUCGAAUGAAAAUAUAUAAAAUUUAUAAGAUUUAAUAUUGUCAAAUGCCCAGAUAUAUUUCAAUUUAAACUUUACUAUUGUUUUA